AUGAGCGGACAGUGUUUUAAGUGGUCAUCAAAUGAGACGACAAAUGUUCAAAACGGACGGUUAGCUCAACCGGAAGAGUGGCCGUGGAUUGCAUUUAUCGAUGCAUACAAAACAUUUUGGGGAUUAGAUAUAAAUGGUUAUGAUUACAGUCAUUCAAAUCAAGUAUACGGUGUGGAUAAGUAUAUCAUUCAUCCAAAUUAUACGGUAUAUAAUCAUAUCAGAGGAUUCAAGUUAGGACAUGACAUCGCAUUAUUGAAAUUGGAUUCACAGAUAUUGAUGACACAGUCGACGGGUGGGUAUCCGACAGUUAAUGCCAUUUGUUUGCCCGACAGAGACAUUGUUAACACCGAUAAAGAGUUGGCAGUGUUUGCCGGUUUCGGUAAUAUCGAAGAUAAUGUGAUUAAUUCGGGUCCACUCCGGACGGGUUGUUUUCAGAUGACUGAGUCGUCUAAUAACUCGUCAGAUAACUACUGUUAUUUAAUUUCAAGUAAAAGAUAUCCAUUGAUUGAGGGAACCGGUGGCUGUGAGGGUGACUCGGGUGGGCCAUUGGUUCAGUAUGUAGUGGACAACAAUCACAAAAUGUCGGGUAGUGAUGGUAGUGGUGGUCGGGCAGUACUAAUAGGUAUACUAUUGGGUAUCAGUCCUAAGUUGGGUGUCUGUCAGUUGAGACAUAGCGACAAUAUUUUGCUAUUUCUUCGGUUGUCUAAACACAUCGAUUGGAUUAUCAAUACUGUGUCCGCAAAAUAA